CAAAUGCACUUUUCACAGUGUGUACAUCAGUUAAGGUUAGGUUAGGUUAGGCAUAAUAUUAAAAUUGUUAUUUUCAAUUUAAAAUGUCUCAAUUUGGAACGGUCAAACGGUUAAAAUAAAUAUUAAAAAAAGGUGUACAUUAAAAUGUCUCGAUUCGGUUUGCAUAUGGAAAACAAAAAUGGUAUUUUCCAUUUCUGUGAGAUCAAAUUUAUUCCAAUGAGUUGAAAAGGUUGGUCGUCACAUACCUGGUAGGGCCCUUAGGAAAGUGAAUACAUUAUUAUUACCAAUAUUGUCAACGAAGCUAUGUACACAUAUACAAUCAAUUUUUUCAAUAUGUUUCAAAGGAAAAAGUCAGACUGGGUUAAAUCUGGUGACCUGGGAGGCCAUCAUAAAAGAGAGAAAUCAUUAUCACCAGCACGUCAAAUAUAAUGAAUUGGAACUGGAAGAAGAACAUUGUCAUUAAGAUAUCCGUAAAGGAAGCAGUCACACGUUGUCUUGUGUACAUUAUUAGAAAUCAACAUUGUCGAUCGACUGAUAUAGAACUUGACAAGCAACCUCCUCAAUGUUUCCCUAUUGUAUUAAAUCUGGAUAACUGGGUGGGAAAGCGAGUACAUUAAAACAAAUAUAUUGCUAACACAUCGAUGUAGAAGUACAGAAGGCAAAAAUCACAAAACGUUAAAUGCAAUGCCUUGUAAGGCCUGGUUAAGAAUGCGGUUGCAUUAUGACCAGCAUCGCCCAUUGAGGAAUAAGUUUGUUUUUAACGUAAAAUGCUUCGUUGAUAAGGCAAAUAUUUGGCGUAUCGGCUUCUAACAGAAAAAAAUUCCUUAUCUUACAAGACGCAGAAACUAUUUUUUGGUUUUACCUUUAUUUAGGAUCAGACUUAACGGAACUAGCCAAGGAUAACUGCCACGCUUCUUGAUUUUAAAAUUUUGAAUAUGUUAAUCAUUAUUAUAUUUUGUAUGAAUCGAGAUUUGAAAUUGUUAAAUCUUUUGUUGUAUUUUAAUGUGUGUUUUAAUAACUUAUCUUUUGCCACUUAUUUCAUUUUGUGUAUAAUAUUAAUGUUUAUUAUUCUUUAUCAAUUUUAUUGAAAGGUUUAAGUAUUGCGCAGGAAAAUAUCGAAGUUGACGAUUGUAUUGGUAUGAUGGGUUUUAACUAAGAAAGUGUUAAGAUUAUACGCCUAUAUUACACACAUUACACCAAUUAAAUAUAAAGUUUUUGUGAUUCCGAUCAUUUUUCGUGACCAUACUAACAUUGAAAUUUAGUGCUGUGAUUAAAAAGAUGGAUUUUGAUGAAAAAAAUAUCGAAAUUCAAGGAUUUUUGCAAUACCUACAAAAUGGCAAAGAAAAAAGCAGUUCGAUACAUGCACAAGAACAACACGAAGACAUCAUUCAAAAAUGUAUAGGAGUGUUAGGAAAAUGGCACUUAUGGAUAUGUUUUAUAAUAUUCCUAGUAAAAUUUGGGGUUGCUUGGCACCAGCUUAGUAUAGUAUUUUUAGCACCUCCCGUGAGCUAUAGCUGUGUCAAUAACGAAACAGACGUAUGUUCAAAUAAAUGUUCUCGUCACAUUUACGAUAUGUCGGUGUUCACAAACACAAUAACCUCGGAAUGGGAUCUAAUAUGCUCCAAAUCGUACCUUGUCAGCUUGACUCAAACAUUGACGAUGUUAGGAAUUUUAGUUGGAAAUAUGUUAUUUGGAUGUUUGUCAGAUAAGUAUGGUAGAAAAUCACCUCUUGUUUUUGCAGUAACCCUGCAAGGAUUCGCAGGAUUAGGUGCAGCUUUUUCUCCCUGGUUUUCUUUAUUUCUAGUCAUGAAGUUUUUAUCUGCUGUUGCUACAGGCGGUACUAUGAUAACCAGUUUUGUUUUUGUCAUGGAGAUUAUUGGUACCGAAUGGAGGACAGUUCUGGGCAUCUUGUACCAAAUACCUUUUAAUUGCGGUCAUCUUUUAAUGCCUUUGUUCAGUUAUUACGUGAGAGAUUGGAGGAAUUUCCAAAUAAUUAUAUCAGCACCAUCGCUACUUUUAAUAUCUUAUUAUUGGUUACUUCCCGAAUCUCCAAGGUGGCAAUUAGCUGUUGGAAAAGAAAAUAUUGCAAUUACAACAUUAACAAAAGCAGCCAAAUGGAAUAAAUUACCUACCGAAAAUAUCGGACGAAACGUUAACCAAUAUUUAGCUCACAAGAACGUCGGUAGCAAUGAAAUUCAUAAAGGAAACAUUUUGGAUUUGGUUCGAACACCUAUUAUGAGAAUGUAUACGAUAGCUGUCGGAUUUAACUGGUUCGUGUGCGGAUUUUGUUUCUUUGGAGUAUCUCAAUUCAUUGGUCAACUUGGAGGAAAUAUUUUUAUUAACGUAGCAAUAUCGGCCAUUAUUCAAGUCCCUAGUACAAUUUUCGCUUGUUACGCUACUAAAGCUUGGGGAAGAAAAAAAACUUUACUCAUAGCUAAUAUCAUUACUGGUAUAGCUAUAUUCGUAAUGGGAUUUGUACCUAGAGAUCCAAGUUGGAUUAAAACGACUUUAUCAUCAAUAGGGAUGUUUGGCCUGGCAUUAUCUUUUCCCACGGUAUACAUUUACUCGGGGGAACUAUUCCCAACAAUAGUAAGAAACAUAGGUGUAGGCACAGCAUCAAUGUGUGCUAGAAUAGGAUCGAUGAUAGCACCUUUUGUAGCAGGUAUAGUUGAGCCGUGGAUUCCAUCAGUCAUAUUUGGAAUAUUACCAUUAAUAGGAGCAGUUUUGUGUUUGAAGUUACCAGAAACCCUUGAUUGCAAACUACCUGAUGAUAUAGAAGAGGCUGAGGCACUAGCAGGAACAUCUAAGAAAAAUUCAAAUACAUUGGCGCUCUGAUUGUUAGAACUAGUUAAAUUAUCGAAAAAAGCUUUAGAUCAAUCAUUAAAAUAAGAAAUAAAAUAUUUAUUGGGUAAAAACGGGUUAUACUACGCACUUAUUAAAGUAAAAAACGAUAUAGAUAUAGGUAAUACAACAUAUUAAAGCAAAUCAAAAUCAAAUUAAAAAAUAGAACACGCAGUGCAGAUGCAGAAAACUGCAUAUGUGCUAUAUUAGGUGCCCGAAAGGCAGAGUCUGCAAAUGUAUUACUAAGAGUGCGUAUUCAUGUGUUUUGUUAACUAUUGGGUUUUCAGAAACUACGGUCGGAUUAACACGAUCAUGACAUGAAUGUUCGGAAAGUAAUCACUUUUAAUUUGAAAUUUGUACCUUUCCUCAACUGAUAAAGAUCUCAUUUUGGCUGAUAUUGAUCUACCUAAUACAGGAUCGUAGUUUCCGGAAAGCUCUUAUAUAUUCCAUAUAUAAAUCAGUGUUUUAAAUGAAGAGUUCAUUUAUAUUGCAUAAACCAUAUUUUGUAUAAUUAGAUAUUGAAAUAUAUAUUUUUCUUUUUAGUA